AAAGAUCCCGAGAAAAAGCCGAGGAGCGAUCCCGAGAGAGGGACAAGCCAACAGAGCGAUCCACUUUUGCUUGAUCGGCCCUCAAAGCACACAUACAAACACACAUUGAGCCCGAGAGAGCCACAUAGUGCGUAGAUAGGAGAAGGGAUAGUUGUCGAAGAAGUUUGUGUUUACUCAAGGACCAGAUCAGAGGCGCUAAGAAGCCGAAGAACGUCGGUUGGUCGGUGGCCCUGCUUUAUUUUUGGCUUGUCUUGUUUCCCUUUUAUAGUUCUUCUAGCACUUCUUCGCUUCGGGUAGCAUGUGUACAACAAACAGAUCCCGCAAAAGUCGAUAGAGGAUCAUCGGAAGCGAGUCACUCACUCCCGGCUUGACUCGUGUCAAUCUUGAGUGGAAUCCAAUUACCCUUAUGCAGGAUGAUCUUAAAAAGAGCCUUUGAUUGGACAACUCUACCAUCGAGAUCCGCUUCUCAAUGGCUUUUGAGUGGAUGAUCCAAUCGGGCGCAAACCACCCAAGUCAACAAGGUUUCGUCUGCCAAAGAUGAUGUGGGUUUUGUCCCGGGAGGCCUCCAAUCAGCAUGGAACACCACAGGGAAUCCCACCUCUUUCCGACAAAGAGUCGCCACUCUAAUUAAUCUUUCCCGAAAAAGAGCCUCCUUUUCCCGUGGUUAGUCAGUCAGUCAGUCGUCCGUCCAUUCACUGGGACCACCGAUAAGUCAACACGGGAAGUGCAAAGUGGAACAAUACCCUUCUCCUUCUUCUUCUUCUUCUUCUCCUUCUCCUCCUCCUCCUCCUCCUCCUCCUCCUCCUCUUUUUCUUUCGUCUUUGACUUGGUUGUGGGCCACCGUGUGUCCCAGUGUGUGGUUCCAUCAGGUUCCAUGGAUCAAUCUGACAAGCAACGGUCUUCUGUUGUUUAGUGAGGGCAAGUGAAAGAAGCCGACUUCGAAGGGAAGAAGAAGAAGAACAAGAACAAGAAGAAGAAGACGAAGGAAGACGAAGAAGAAGAGAGCACCACGGACAAAGCGAUCUUGAAAAGACCUUCUUUAUACUUGGGUUCCACAUGGAACACCUCCCGCUGAUUUGGACUAAGUGUGAACACUUUCUUCCCCGUGGCGUAGGACACAUUGUGAUUCCUCGGAUCAUUGAUCUUUUCCAACAAAAAGCGCCAUGGCCAUACCCUCGUGUAUUGGGGUGGAGACAGGUCUCAGGCCGUUUGAAUUGGUCAUUUACAAUCUGUGGAAACCUCAAAUAAGAGGGAAAAAAUGGAAAUGUUCUACACGGUUCCAUUAGCAGCGUUCUCCCACUGCCGGCGGGAAUUAAUUAUUCCCGCUUACACGUUCUCGGACUCCUGAAACAUGCUUCAUUUGUCCAAGGCCAAGAGAAGGGAAAAAAUGACAUCCUCACCCGAGUAGAGCGAACGUGAUUGCAAGAAGCUAACGAACGGAUCGUUCUUUCCAAUUCGUUGGCUAUUCGGUUGUUGGUCCCCUCGUUCGCUGUUCCCUGUUCCCUCUUCGCGCUCCAAAAUGACGGGUAGAAUUAGGGCAGGGCAACUCCUGGUCUGGCUGUUACUUGCCGUUCAAAAGACGGUGCAGGCUAGCAUCCCAAUCCCUGCUGUGGUGGAAAUCACGCAGAAGUGUGUGUCAGGUUUCUGCCUGCCCCUCGAGUACCAGAAAUUGGAAACGCCCUUUUCGGAUACUUUCAACACCGUGAAAGUGACGGUGGAAAUCAUGGACGUGCUCCAAGUGAACGACAAAGAGUUCAGCGUGACUCUCACCAUGUACUUUUCAGUCCAAUGGGAGGAGCCCCGGAUCACGACCAAUAACACGGUGGGCGAGGGUGAGUGGACUCCCAUCGAUCUGCAGUUCUUGAACAAUCUCUGGGUGCCAAAUAUCUUCAUCUACGAUCUUCGAUCCUUCUCGGCCAUGAGUGUAUUGAAAAAGCUAGCCGGCGUCUGGAUCGUCGAAGGCAAGGCCAUCUACUACAACCAGGCGUCGUCAGUGACCUUCCUCUGUCCCAUGCGAUUCGACUUGUAUCCAUUGGACUCUCAUGUGUGCAAGUUCCGCGUGGGCAGCACCAAUCUGGACAUGACCCGCAUGAGAUUCGCGCCCACUGAGCUCACCUAUGACGAGACCACGAGGAACACCAUUUUGGAUUAUGCCGUGACCAUGGGCCGACUCCACGAGGACGAUCGAAUCCUCCCCUACGGCGAAUUGGGCAACUACUCCAUUACCGGCAUCGAGAUCACGUUCACUCGACACAAGCUCAAGUAUUUGAUUGUCUACUACCUACCCUCGGGGUUGUUUGUCGUGGUGUCUUGGGCCAGUUUCUUGAUCCCUCCGGAGGUGGUGCCGGGUCGAAUGGCCAUGCUAAUCACCCUGUUCCUGGUGUUGAUCAACAUUUUCAACAUUGUCACCACGAACUCUCCCAAUGUGGAGGGCAUGACUGCCAUUGCUGCCUGGAUGGUGGUGUGCAUCUUCUUCGUGUUCGGGGCCUUGGCCGGCUAUGCGUGGCUCCUGUGGAAGAAGAAGAAGAGCUGCCUGAAGCGGAAACGCCUCCGGAAGCUGAGCGAGGAGGAGGGCAAGCUCCGCACCCGCCGGAAGGAGGAGUUCCGCUCCAAAGUGGACGACAUGUUCCUGGUGACGUUUCCUUUGUUGUUCGCCCUUUUCAACUUGAUCUACUGGCCCAUGUGUAUUCGGACGAAUACGGGCUGACCCUCACCGGGGGAGUCGACGGGGCAAGGCGUUCUGCCCAUCGGUCAAAAUGGACGUUUGUCUCCCCCACAACAACCUUCGCCAGGUCUUCCCUUGGGCAUCUAUACGACACACUGGCAACGGGCCAAUCUCUGCUCCUCGGGUGUGAUUAAACGCGGGCGAUGCAUUGCCGCCUUCCGGGAGGAGGACUACGAUAUUCAAGGACUCUUCGAUGUGACAUGACAUCAGAUUGUUCCUCUCCAUCCCAACCAUCCUGCUGCUCUACUACCAUCUUGGCUCGCCUACGAGAUCUUUCGUGGGGCUUUGGCAUUGGACCAAGUUCUGUUAUUAAUUCGAUUCCUCUCGAGUGAAUCGACGAAAGCAAUCGACUUUGAUUGAAAUUCUGGACAUUCCUUCAAUGGUUGAAUUCCAACCCGAUCGACGUGAAGCUUUCCAAAGCAUAGACAGCCAGCCAACCAGACAGCCAGUCAACCAGCCAACCAGCCACAACCACUCCCUCCCUCGCACGCACGCAUACUCUUCUCCUAUCAUCACAAAUCAAAAAAAAAACAGACGCCCCCAGCCAUGUCGCAUCCCCGUAUUCUCAGUGGUCCAUGGUCCAUAGUCCUGGUUUCUGUCUCGUUCUUUUUUUUGAGUGCACAAUAUGUAUGUACUUGGCCGUUCGGACGAACUUAGUACUCGUGCCCAACCCUCUGGUGAUAUUGCCAUUGUCAAUCCCAAUGGAAUUGAAACCUCAGCACUUGCUGUGGAUGGCUCCCACGUGAUGAUUUAUGGUGAUUUGUCCACUAGUGUGUGCGUGUGUGGUAUGCGGUCCCAAGUAUAGAGCGAUGUGGUCAGUAUCUCUCUCUCCAUCCAUGCACUCAUGUAGACCUACCAAUUCCCAUCCCCUCUUUCUCUCUUUCUUUCUUUCUUUUUUUCUUUCCUUCUUUCUCUCUCUCUCUUUCUACGUUCCGAGAGAGCCAGAGAGCGAGCUGAUGAGACAACAAAGACAACAAAAAGAGUGUUUGUGAUGGGGGGAACAAAUGCUCUGAGAUCAAGUGCAAGGAGUACGGUGGAAUCCAAUGGAACGGUUCCAAACCUCUCGUUUCUGUCGUUCUCCUCUUCCUCGUUCUCCUGGUCGUCCUCCUUCAAUAGUCCUUCUCCUCGUCCUAACCCGUGCCAAAUUUCUCAUCCUCGUUGAAGAACAACGAGGCCAAAAGAUCAUCAAGACAAAAACAAUACUAAGUAAUCGAGAACCAUGUUCUCCAGUCACUUGCCAACCAACCAACCAACCAACCGUUCCCGUUCCCGUUCUCGUUCCCUCCUCUCGGCUCGUCACGUCCCUCCGAGCUCAAAUAUGACUUCGAAUCAGGUUUCAAUUUUGUCAGGAAGUUGGAGACUUCAUAACUUUUCAGUCUCGUCCUUCAAAGGGGAAAAAUCUCAACCCCAAAAAACUCGUCUUCCGUUCAUAUCAAUAGAGCAAAAAAGAAGAAAAUGGAGAAGAAGAAGAAGAAGAAGAAGAAGAAGACAAACCAACCAGUAGGAUCAAGGGACUAGGGAAUACCGAAAAGAGAGAGCGAACGAUCAAUACAACGAGAUCAUCGCUAGCUUCCUCCUCUCCAAGAAAUGUUGCUACUGAACAUAACAAGCGCCAAAAGUGGAUCAGGAACAAACUUGCCUUUUCUGGACUACUCAAGCUAGGCGAGGGCACUCAUGCACGAGGGGAAAUCCAUCGCAAACGAAGAUCCGGCACGAUCUCAUCUCCAAUAGGAUGUCAUUUCAAAACGAUGUUGGUCUUCAAUUUCAUUUGCACCCUCUACCUCUAAGGGGUUCUUGAAUAGAAAACGCGUGUUUCAAACCGAAACGGAACGCUCGCUGGACUUUUCGUGAAGGCCUUGCCGAUUGCUCAAAAUCUCGGUCUCAACAACAACAAAAGGAAAAUGAGCCUGCAAUGACUUUUUUCCCGUCUGAGUAGUGAUGAUUACCUGAUCUUAUUUGGGUGCUUUUUUGAGCAUUUGUGCCUGGUUUGCCACUCGCAAGGCCACUCGGGUUGCUGAAGGAUGUCGCUUUCUGAAAAGGCCGACAUAAGUCAUAGUAUUGCAAGUGGUAGAAACCAUCUCGCCUCUCCUUGAUACGCCAUGAUUUCCCAAUUUCAACAAUGGACGUGAUCUGGUCCUUGCUCCAUUUUUUGGUGUUUGUUUCCCUCUCGGCAGAACUCGCCCCACCACCCAUACACCCAUACACCCAAACACCCAAACACCCAUCUACACGUACGCACUCACCCCGCUACUCACCAGACAGACCGAUAGAGGCACAUUUCUUAAGCAAGUCAGCCUUGGUUGGCCUAUUUAAUCCUUGGGAUCCACGACGGAUCUGCUCGGAGAUGAAGCUACUCAAGCUUAAAAGAUAAAUGCACAUCAACCACGAACGACGACGACGAUGACGACGACGCCAUUCGUAUACAGACACACACACACACACAUAUGAAUAUUAUCCUGCAUGCUUCUCUAACAUGUUCAGCAGUCCAGUGACAGCAUCAAUGUCGAAUGAUGUCGAACGACUAAGACAUUUCACAAUUGGUUCGUUCGUUGGACUAUGGUUGGGUGAACUGACUGGCCUGGAAAUCCCACCCACGACAAGGCGCUUCUGGUGUACGAAUCGAUUUCUUACUCACAAAUUUCUACCCAUGAUGAAUACUACCAAUGGCAAACGUUGGACAAUGGUUCCAUUCCAAUCCAGAACAAACAAUGCGGUGAAAUAAAUUUCAUAUCUUACUGGA